AUGGGUGAAGAAAGUCAAGUCGAUAUCAUGUUUAAAAAACUUAUUGAAAAUGAUAGUGGAAAGCAUGUUUAUGUUCCCUCACUUGAUCCGGUGGGAUUAUAUAAUCAUGCUAUCAAACAAUUCAACGCAAAAAUCAAUAAAACAGCUGAGGGUAGUUAUGAGAGACUUGACGAAAAUUGUUUUUAUGCUUUGUGAAUGAAAAGGUGGUGAAAUCGCUUAAGAGCUGAUGAGAGCAUAUUUUUUUUAAUUUUUUCACUCCUUAUUAAUGUGGUUGUGUCACUUGUACCUGUUCUCAAUAUAAUUGUUUGUGCUAUAUGGAUUAUCGUCUGGUUGAUUUAUGAAAGAAUAGCAAAAAGACAUAAAGAAAAUUCAAAAUUAUGCGAAAAUCCGUUUAAAUACAUGAUUUAUGCUCCAGAAGUAUGCAGAAGGGCUAAGCUUAUAAAUCUUUAUUUAGAUUUGCCAUCAAGAAAUUUGGGAUCUUUUGGGCUAAAAGAGUCACAAAUAUCUGUAUUGCAGAGCCGAUCUUUUAGUGGAACAGUAAAGUUUAUGGUUUUUAACAAUACUUUUAAGUUUGCCUUCACAAAAUUCGGGUUUUUGAGAAUAUUUCAUGUUUUACAAAUUCUAGCUUCAGGAGGUGCAAUCACAAUUGCAAAUUUAGUAAUAUAUCCAAUGCUAGGGAUCUCUGAAUUGAUAUUAAUUUAA